CCCACUCAUUCUGAGUUUGUAUGUGGAUUAUACUUCACCAUCGGCGCCCGAGGUACGGACUUCAGAGAAACUGGUUUGACACGGUUUGAUUAGUGAACAUGAUGGAUCCGACAGUGGUUGGCAUUAUUGGACAUUCUUAUGUGAAGCGCUUAGAACGAUUUUUAUUGCAAAACCCAGUGUAUAAGAACUUGUCUUUGAAUGAAGAUCUGUACAAAGUUUAUUUUCGAGGUCAGGGAGGUUUGACAGUCCGCAGUCUGUCCAACUCGCCGAAACUGUGCACCUUUACCUCAGUUCCUACAGUGUGUUUUUUGGAUAUCGGGGGAAAUGAUGCUACAACUCGUGCAGCGCAUGUUAUUGCUCAGGACAUUGUUUCAUACGCAAAUUAUCUUGUGCAUGGACUUGGUGUGGUAAACGUUUUAAUAGGCCAGCUUCUACGCCGCGACCCACGGAAAUCCCCGGUGGGUUAUAACGACGAAGUUUUAAAAAUAAACACACACUUAGAACAAUUAACCUCUGGGCUUCAUCAUGUUCAUUUUUGGAAACAUAGAGGAUUUUGGGCAGACUUGUCAUACCUGGGGCGCGAUGGGGUCCACUUGCGGGUUGAAAGUGAUGCAAAUUCUCCGGCACCAAUGGUGAAAUACAUGAGGAGCAUCAAAUAUGCUGUGCAUAAUAGUAUGCAGAAAAUAAAGGCCAGUUGUUAUUGAAUUGUUAAAAUUUCUGUUGAAAUGAA